CUUGUUGUUAACGCCAUCAGAUUCAGUCUCCGAGCUUACCUCCGCGGGCCAGUGUCGAUGACAACGGCGCAACAAGCGGCGCUCGUGCUGUCCCUGCGGGAAGUGCUGGCGAUCGGCAUGAAUCUCGAUGGUGUGGCGGUGCGGACGCUGGGUCGAAUUACAUCCAUUGAUAUUCAACCUACAGUCACACGUGUUGACAUUGCACACGACGGAUGCAUGCUCACGGUCGAUGCAACGCUGCUUGGCGCAGUUCGGCUGAAUGUUGGCGGACUGUUCCAGUUCUCUGGAUCCAUCAAUGUAGAUUCGCCGCACCGUGAAACAGGCACAUUUUUACCAUCGCGUGUGCCGGUAGGUAGCACCACAUCAGUGAGCACAUCGUUGACAUCAGCGACCGCGUCAACGGCCUCCUCGCACGACCCCAUGGAAGUUGCGCCAAACCCGGAACUUGACCAUCGCGAUCAUCCCGCACGACCCGCAAUCCGCAUGUUUCCUCCGGUUUCAGACGAUAGCGUGGUCCACGUGACGAAUCCCGCCAUCGUGCUUCGAGCUAAAACUGGGCGCUGCGUGGACGGUAUGGACUUGCGUUUAUACAGUGAGGCUCUCGAGAUUCGGCGCCAAACCUUCCAGGAUCCAGCAACGCAGGCGCUUGCACAGUUUCAAGCAGAAAUGCAGCAAUGAGGAGAUGGUUAUCUGGUCGCCAAAAAGAAAAAAAUAUCAAUGAAAUAUUUGUA